AUGAAUUAUCUUUGGAAUGUAAAAUAUUUAGUCAUCGUGUUUUUGAUUUUCUUUGAUAUAUUUCUAGUGAAAGGUAGCGAUGUACAAAAUAUAGUAGACGAAGUAAAAUAUCGUGAAGAAGUAUGUAACGAUGAGUUAGAUCUGUAUCUUUUGAUGGACUGUUCUGGAAGUAUACGUCGUCAAAAUUGGGUGAACCAUGCAGUACCACUAGCUAUGAAAUUAAUAAAACAAUUAAAUCUGAGUGAAAAGGCAAUUCACUUAUAUGCUAAUAUUUUUUCAAACAAUGCAAAAGAAAUUAUAAGAUUACAUAGUGAUGCAUCUAAAAACAAAGGGAAGGCUUUAGAUAUUAUAAAGUCACUCUUAGGAACAAAUCUUCCAUAUGGUAGAACAAACUUAAGUGAUGCACUCUUACAAGUAACAAAACAUUUAAAUGACAAAAUCAAUAGACCAAAUGCAAAUCAAUUAGUUGUUAUAUUAACAGAUGGUAUUCCAGAUAGUAUACAAGAUUCAUUAAGAGAAGCAAGAAGAUUAAAUGAUAAUGGUGUUAAAAUAGCUGUCUUUGGUAUUGGACAAGGUAUUAAUGUAGCAUUCAAUAGAUUUCUUGUAGGUUGUCAUCCAUCCGAUGGUAAAUGUAGCUUGUACGCUGAUUCUGCAUGGGAAAAUGUAAAAAAUGUUAUCGGACCCUUUAUGAAAGCUGUUUGUGUUGAAGUGGAAAAAACUGCAAAUUGUGGUGUUUGGGGAGAAUGGUCUCCAUGUAGUGUAACUUGUGGUAAAGGUACCAGGUCAAGAAGAAGAGAAAUCUUACACGAAGGAUGUACAAGUGAAUUACAAGAAGAAUGUGAAGAAGAAAGUUGUCCUACUAAAUCGGCACCAUUAGAUGUUCCAGAAGAACCUGAAGAUGAUCAACCUAGACCAAGAGGAGAUAAUUUUACAAUCGAAAAACCAGGCGAUCAUGUAAUAGAUAAUUAUCCUAAAGAUCCUUCACCAAAUCCAGAAGAAGGAAAAGGUGAAAAUCAAGUCCAAUUUGAUGUAGAUGAAAAUCCAGAAAACCCACCAAUUUCUGACGUACCUCAACAAGAACCAAAUGUACCUGAAGAUUCAGAAAAAGAAGUACCUUCUGAUGUUCCAGAAAAACCACAAGACGAUCGAGAAGAGCCCUCAGAUUUUCCAAAAAAACCUGAAAAUCAGAACGAUGAUAACGACAAUUUACCAAAUGAUAAAAAUGAUAGAUAUAUUCCACACCCACCAUUACCUCCAAAAGUUUUGGAUAAUGAAAGAAAUGAAAUUGAUCAGAAACAUAAAUAUAAUAAUGAAAAUAGGCAUUUACCUAAUAGCGAAGAUAGAGAAACGAGACCACAUGGAAGACAUAAUGAAAAUAGAUCAUACAAUAGAAAAUAUAAUGAUACUCCAAAAUAUACUGAAAAUGAAGAAUAUGAAAAUGCAGAUUAUAAUAAAAAAAAAGGAGGAUCAGAUAAUAGAUAUAAAAUUGCAGGUGGAAUAGCUGGUGGAUUAGCUUUACUUGCAUGUGCUGGACUUGCUUAUAAAUUCGUAGUACCAGCAGCUGCUGCACCCUUUGCCGGAGAACCUGCACCUUUUGAUGAAGCAUUAGGUGAAGAAGAUAAAGAUUUGGACGAACCUGAACAAUUCAGAUUACCUGAAGAAAACGAUUGGAAUUAA